UGGCUCCGGAGCUUUCCCGGCCGGCGGCGGGCAGGUGGUCGACGCCGGCUCCCGGAGGAGCGCGGGGCGGAGGGAGGUGUCGGUGUCCGCGGCGUGGUCGACGGCGGCCCCGGCCAUGGAAGAGACGCAGCCGCUUCCGCAGACCGAGCUGCCGCUGUGCGACAGCCUCAUCAUCUGGCUGCAGACAUUCAAUACAGCUGCACCCUGUCAAGAUGUCAAACAGCUGACUAAUGGAGUUGCCAUGGCACAAGUUCUUCAUCAAAUUGAUGUAGCUUGGUUCAAUGAAUCUUGGUUAAGCCGAAUUAAAGAGGAUAUUGGUGACAACUGGAGAAUAAAGGCUAGUAAUUUAAAGAAGGUACUUCAAGGAAUUAUGAGUUAUUACAAUGAGUUUUUGGGGCAACAAAUUUCUGAAGAACUUAUCCCUGAUUUAAACCAAAUAACUGAGAGUUCAGAUUCUGUGGAGCUUGGGAGGUUGCUCCAGCUUAUUUUAGGUUGUGCAGUCAAUUGUGAAAAGAAGCAAGAACAUAUUCAAAAUAUAAUGACACUGGAAGAAUCUGUUCAACAUGUGGUUAUGACUGCUAUUCAAGAGUUGAUGAGUAAAGAAAUAUUGAACUCUCCUACAAAUGAUACUGUUGGAGAAUUAGAACAACAGCUUAAAAGGGCCUUGGAAGAACUUCAGGAAGCACUAGCAGAAAAAGAAGAACUGAGGCAAAGAUGCCAAGAACUGGAUAUGCAGGUGACUGCACUUCAAGAUGAAAAGAAUUCAUUAGUUUCUGAGAAUGAGAUGAUGAAUGAAAAACUUGACCAGUUGGAUGGAUCUUUUGAUGAUCCAAAUACAAUGGUUGCAAAAAAGUAUUUUCAUGCGCAGUUACAACUAGAACAAUUACAGGAAGAAAACUUCAGGUUUUGUUGUCAGAGUUCUGCUAGUCUCAUAAAUAAUUGGCUUGAAGCUGCAAAAGAUGAUUACCGUGUUCACUGCGAAGAACUUGAAAAGCAACUAAUUGAAUUUCAGCAUAGGAAUGAUGAACUGACUAGUCUUGCUGAAGAAACAAGAGCCCUGAAAGAUGAAAUAGACGUUCUUAGGGCUACCUCUGAUAAAGCAAAUAAACUAGAGUCAACAGUUGAAAUAUAUCGUCAGAAGCUACAAGAUCUGAAUGACCUUCGCAAGCAAGUGAAAACUUUACAAGAAACAAACAUGAUGUAUAUGCAUAAUACAGUCAGCUUAGAAGAAGAAUUAAAGAAGGCAAAUGCAGCCCGUACGCAGUUAGAAACAUACAAGAGGCAGGUUCAAGAUCUUCACAAUAAACUUUCCUCUGAAUCCAAAAGGGCAGAUACCCUAGCGUUUGAAAUGAAGCGGCUUGAAGAAAAACAUGAAGCUUUACUUAAGGAAAAAGAGAGGCUAAUAGAACAGCGUGAUACUCUGAAAGAAACAAAUGAAGAGCUUCGGUGUUCACAAGUACAACAAGAUCACCUAAACCAAACAGAUGCAUCUGCUACAAAAAGUUAUGAGAAUCUUGCUGCUGAGAUUAUGCCAGUGGAAUAUAGGGAAGUAUUUAUUCGACUUCAACAUGAAAAUAAGAUGCUCCGCUUACAACAAGAAGGCACUGAGAAUGAGCGUAUUGAGGAACUUCAAGAGCAGCUAGAACAGAAGCACCGCAAGAUGAAUGAAUUAGAAACUGAGCAAAGACUAAGCAAAGAGCGCAUCCGAGAAUUGCAGCAGCAGAUUGAGGACCUCCAGAAAUCUUUACAGGAACAAGGCUCCAAGUCUGAAGGAGAAAGUUCCAGCAAACUAAAGCAGAAGUUGGAAGCUCAUAUGGAAAAACUAACUGAGGUCCAAGAAGAAUUACAGAAGAAACAAGAACUCAUUGAAGAUCUUCAGCCAGAUGUAAACCAGAAUGCACAAAAGAUCAAUGAACUUGAAGCUGCUCUUCAGAAGAAAGAUGAAGAUAUGAAAGCAAUGGAGGAAAGAUAUAAAAUGUACUUGGAAAAAGCAAGAAAUGUAAUAAAAACUUUAGAUCCCAAAUUAAAUCCAGCAUCAGCUGAAAUAAUGCUACUUAGAAAGCAGUUGGCAGAGAAAGAUAGAAGAAUUGAGAUUCUGGAGAGUGAAUGUAAAGUAGCAAAAUUCCGUGAUUAUGAAGAAAAACUCAUUGUUUCUGCCUGGUACAAUAAGAGUCUAGCAUUCCAGAAACUGGGGAUGGAAUCUAGACUUGUGAGCGGCAGUGGUGCAUGCAAAGACACUGGUGCCUGUACUCCUGCACGGUCUUUCUUAGCACAGCAACGGCAUAUCACCAACACCAGAAGAAAUCUCUCUGUUAAAGUUCCUGCUAUAACACCUGAUUAAACUAUAAAAGAAAACAUAAACAGAAGUGCCCUUAAAAUAUUUUGUAUCCUUCAGUUAACUGCCAGAUUGAAAAAGAAAUUUAUGGUGGUGGAUAUCAGCUAUUUUAAAGUCAAUAUGCAUAAAAUUAAUUUUGUCAGCUUACUUUGAAAACAAAUAUAGAAUUAGCUAUUUCUCUAAGAGAGCACAUUUGAGUAAUUGGAAGAUGUAAUUAGGCACACAUUUUAAACAUUUGUCUUCUGAGAGUAUUAUAAUUUCAAAUUGACUUUGUAUAUUUUAGUUUAAUGUUGUCAGUUAUACUAGCAACUUAGUUUGCAAUGUGUUAUCAGUAAUAAGUAAUUUAAAAAUAUAUCUAUAUUUGUUUUAUUAUUUUGGUCCAUAUAAAAAUAGUCUUGAAGUAGGUACAUGGAGAACUAUACAAGAGUUAUAUUUUUUGACUUGAUAUAUAUAAGGAUUUACCUCUAUCCUCAAAUCUGUUAGGAAAUGGGCCUAUUUUAUCAUGUAGUGAAAGAUAAAACAUUUGGAAGAUUGGACUAUUGCAAUAACUUCUGCUGUAGUAAGUGACUAAUUGGAGAUUUUGCAGAUUCAGGAGAUUUCAUAGUUCUCCUGCAUACCUACUAUAAACAAGGGCUUCUGUAUAGUGUAGUUGAAAUGCUAAGGGUAUGGAAUUGAAUGGACUUUAUAAAAGGUGAUUUUUCUGGUGGGAAGCAGGGCAAAAAAUAUAAUUUGUGUGAAACAUCCACACCAGUCUUAAUAUGAUUAUAGUUAUUGCUUUUAAGCAUAGAAUUAUCAAGGCUUUUGCUGAAAAACAUGCUGUAAUAGUUUUCCCCUACACUGCAAGGAGAUGGUGCAGUAAGGGAAACAGUCGGGGAUCAGUUUGAUUUUGUUUACGAAUUAAGGAAUCUGUCCAAGACUCCAUUCAUAGUAUUCAGUUUACUUCUGUCCAAAGCUCUUCUUUUAUUUAUUUUCUAAUUUUUUGUGUCAUUUUUAAGAGUCACACUUUAGAACUUUGAGUUAAAUCUGUGCUGUCCAGUAUUGUAGUUAAGCCAGGUAUGGCAAUUUCAAUAAAAUUAAUUCAGACUGAAAGUUCCUUGGUCACAUCAGCCACAUUUCAGAUGCUCAACAGCCACGUGGCUGCUGCCUACCAUUUUGGAAAAUGCACAUAUAAAAGAUGUCCAUCAUUGCAAAAAGUUCUAUUGGACAGUGCUGUACUAAACCUUUUUAUGGUAACUGGGAAAUAACUCUUUGAUGUUUGACCACAAAAAUAAAAAGAAGAAAAAUUUUAGGACUGUUUCAGAUAUGAAAAGGAAUUAAGUUGUGACAUAACUAGCAUUCUGUAUUCCUUGGAGUUGAAUACCUUAUGUUGUGAUGUUCAUUGUUAAUCUUUCCAGUGCUGUUCAACAACCGCACACCUAUCAGCAUAUGUCUGACCCAGGGGUCAGCAAACUUUCUGUAAAGAGACAGGCGAUAGAUAUGUUAGUUAAUAUCAUAGGCUUUUUGAGCCAUAUGAUCUGUCCCAACUACUGGACUCUGCUAUAAGUGUGAAAGCAGCAAUCAUAAACAAUAUUUGUAUAAGCAAAAUGGACAUUGUUGUAUUUCAAUAAAAUUUUAUUUACAAAAACUGGCAGUAGGACAGAUUUGGCCUGCGGGCUGUGUCUAGAUUUUAUUUUCAGCCUUUCUUUGCAUAUAUGAGUAUUGUUCCAUUUACAGUAUUAUUCAUUUAUAUACUUGGUUUUUAGAUUCUUUACCAGUAAAUUUUUUACUAAUCACUGACAAUACAAGAAUUUCAUAUUGCAUUUAAGUCUCUUAAGAUUGGGGAGCAGCUAUCAGGAUAUGUUGUUUUAUCAGGGUUACUUCUGUUGACUACCUCUUAGAUUUUGAUGUUUUUUAUUGGUACAAUUAUAUUGUUGGUUUGCGUUUUUGUAUAUUCUUACAGUCUGCUUGCCUGCAACUUACAGUGAAAUGAAAUAGCCCUUUGAAAAUAUUUUAGCAUGCUAAUUAAAAUUUUCCAAAUAUUAUGGCAUUUUGGUAUAUUUUGGUCAAUAUAAGACAUCUCCUCCUUUGGUGUUUACUACUUACUUAUAAUUGAGAUUUUACAAGCUCUUCAAACUCCCUUUUCUUGAAACUUGUUGUAAGACAUCAAUUUCAAUAAAUUAGUAUUUUCACAGUCGUUCAUAAAUUUUAGUUACUAUAUUUGGAAUUUCUAAGCAAUUCAUGCAAUUUCUGAAUAAGGACAGAAGGCUAGUUGUUUUUUUUUUAAUAGAGAAGAAACAAAUUUUGUGAUUUAUCACUUUUCUAGUUGAUAAGUAGUAUUUAAAAUGCUUGAUAUAGAAGUAUUUAUACAAGACUAAUGUAAAGUUCUGUAUUAUUGUGAUUAACUAUACGGAAAUUCAGGAACUGAUCAGAAGUGAGAUUCUUUUCCACAUCUGGUUAAUGUAGUGAGAUUGACACCCUGUGGGUGGUAUAGCAUUAUAAAUAUUCAUCACGAACCAUGACUUCUACAUGUCUGUUUUGUGAGGUUUGAGUGUAUAUGCCAGGGAAGGGAAAUCCAGCAUUUAUCUGUUUGAUAAGGAAUUGAAUGUCCCAGUGAUUAAAGAGUAAAACCACAGACCAAUUUGGAAAUGAUCUUUAAUUUUGAGCAUUUGCUCUAAGGUUAAUAUACUCCUUUCUCUUUUUAAAAUAAAAAGUGUGUAUACAUAUGACAAUGAUCAUUUAAUGUAUUGAGAAAUAUUUGAAGUUCAUUCUAUUUUUUCAAUGAAUAAGGCUGCUGAACUAAUGAUUUAGUAUAGAUUAAGAAUUAAUGUCUUAUCUAGAAACAUUAAACUGAGUAUCCUUCAUUAAGAUGUCACCACCUCUGAUAACUAGAUUGCUAAUUUGAAUGUCAGAUAAUGUUUCUACAUCUACACCUCUUUCCGUAUAGCUGGACAUCUGGCUCUGUGGGGUGGCUUUUAGGCCACAGUACUGCAUUAGGUUCUCUAUCUGCAUAUUUAAUGAGAAGCAUUCCUAUGUAAAAGUGUGUGUGUAUGGUUGUAUGCAUACAUUCCUAUUGUGAACCUGUACAUGGCAAAGAAGUAGUUUGGAAACUUGUAAAGCACAACCAUUAAAGAAAAUAGUGUUCAGUUAUUAAACUUGAUGUAGCUUAAAUAUUGUUUAGUUUAUAAGAGGUUCUUUCUAUUUUCUAUGGCAAAGACUUUGACACUUGAAAUAUAGAAGCAAUACUUGAUUUAUUUUUGUAAGUAUUUAGGAUAUUAUUUUAAAUAAAUGAUUGUCUAAUAACAAUAAAUUAGUUGUGAAAGGUUUUAAAUAAACUUUCUGAUUUAUGUGUCUGACA